AUGGCUAAGAAGAAAGUAAAACAUGCAACAAGAAGAGACUUGCUAAAUCACUCUGACGAAAUUUUGGAUAUGUUUUGUGAAUCUUGUUUUAAAGAUGGUAUUAAAGACGUUCCUGCAGUUGGAUUUUGUGUGGACUGUGUAACAUUCUUCUGCAAAACAUGCCUAAAAUUCCACACAAAGUUUCUACCAGAUCACGUUCAAAAAUGUCACAAUGAGAUGCCAAAGGAUUUCUGCCAGGGGAACUGCAACACCCAUAAGAAUGAAAUUGUAAAGUAUUAUUGUACAAAGAGUGACCUUCUUGCUUGUUCAACUUGUAAGAUAAAUGAUCAUAAAGGAUGUGAAUCAGUGCAAUAUGUUCCAACAUUACUAAAUGAGUUUGAAGAGAAAAGAGAAUAUAAAAGUUUUGACGUUAUGUUGCAAGCUACUGAAGAAAAACUACAAGAAACCAAGUUAGGCAUUGAACAGGGAUAUAACCAUGCAGAACAGAGUAAAGAAGAAACAAAAUCUGUAAUCAACAUAUGCAAAGACAACACUGCUAAACUGUUUGAUGAUCUAGAAAGAGAAGUUAAGUAUAAGAUUGAUGAAAUUAGCACCGAAAACCAAAAGAAUCUUGAAAGAAGUUCAAAAAAACUUACUUAG